CCGUGCCCGUGUGCGCGGGGAGCCCGCGGCGAGCAGCGCUCCGCUCCGCGGGGCGCCAUGGGGCGGGCGGGCCGCCGGCUGCCCGCGCUUGCAGCGCUCUUCUACGGGGCGCUGGCGGCCCUGGUGCUGCUGGGCGUGCGGGACGUGAUGUUCCUCUACGAGGAGAACCGGUGCAGCAUGACCUACAUGUACGAGUACCCCGAGUACCUGAAAAUAAAAUUACCUAAGAAAACAGCCAGACGAUACCCAGCAUAUGAGCUAUAUCUCUAUGGGGAAGGGAGCUAUGCUGAAGAGAACAAAAAUCUCCUAUUGACAGGAAUUCCAGUUCUCUUUCUUCCUGGCAAUGCUGGCAGUUACAAACAAGUACGUUCUCUUGGCUCCAUUGCACUUAGAAAAGCGGAAGAUGUUGACUUCAAGUAUCAUUUUAACUUCUUCAGUGUCAACUUUAACGAGGAGUUGGUUGCAUUAUAUGGUGGUAGCCUGCAACGACAGACCAAGUUUGUGCAUGAAUGCAUAAAAGUAAUUCUUAAGUUGUACAGGGAUCAAGAAUUUGCACCGAGCAGUGUAGCAAUAGUUGGGCAUUCCAUGGGUGGUCUUGUUGCAAGAGCACUGCUCACUCUGAAGAAUUUUAAGCCUGAACUUAUAAACCUGCUCAUUACACAAGCCACACCUCACAUUGCACCUGUAAUGCCUUUAGACAGAUAUCUUACUGAUUUUUAUACAGCUGUAAACAAUCAUUGGAUUCUAAAGGCCCAAGAUUUAAGAAAUUUAACUACCCUUUCUGUGGCGGGAGGAUUCAGAGAUUACCAAGUUCGUUCAGGACUGGCUUUUCUACCAAGAUUGAGUCAACAUGACAGUGCCUUAUCUGUUGUGAGCUCAGCUGUGCCUAAAGCUUGGGCCUCAACUGACCAUCUCUCCAUAGUGUGGUGCAAAGAACUGAUCCUGGCUACCAUUAGAGCUUUUUUUGAUCUCAUAGAUGAAAACACAAGGCAGAUAACUGAGGAUCCAAAGAAGAGAAUGUCUGUUCUGAAUCACCACUUUGUGAGACACCCUGCAAAGAUGUUUGAGGAAAAUCCUGAAGUUUUUACAAACCUCACAGGAGCUUUCAUGUGGAUUACAGUCAAAGGCUCAAAAUGGACUUACUCAGUUUACAAUGAUUCUGAUGGAAAAUAUUUCAUAUUUCCUCUUGCAAGCCACAGAAAAUCAUACAGUCAUGUUUACUGUGAAAAUAGUAUGUUGGACACAAGUAGCUGGAUUUAUGGCUGCAUGAACACUAAUUCAUCAGUGUGCCUGGAAGCUGCUGAUUUAUCCUGGAGAGCUGAGUUACUUCCAACGACCAAGGUUGUAAUGCUGAAACUUUUGGACUAUCCUUCUUUGUCCCACAUUGUCAUUCAGGUACCACCUGCAGUUGGCAAUAAGUAUACUUUGGGCUGUGAAUUCUUCAAAGAGGAUUCCAGAACAGUACAGCUCCCUGUAACACAUCUUUUUUCAUUUGGGCUUUCGUCAAGCAAAAUUCUAUUAAAUUCAAGUGGAUUACUUUACAAUGUACAGCUUCAGUACUUCAACCAAAUAUAUCAAGCUUUCAAAAUUUAUAUAGACAGCCACUGUCAGCCACUCAAAGAAAGAAAACCUAGUGUUUACAGACUUCAUAUCCCCUGGUCAUAUGAAGACUCAAUAACUGUAGCGAAAGUUCCAUCUCUUGCUGAGGUUUCAGCCAAGCUGCACAUUGCUCAGCCUCACAACGACAGCAGCCUUCCAGAGUUAAUCAUCUACUCUUCUCCAGACUGUCAGUAUGAAGUAAUUCUCAAGACCUCACUUCUGCAGGUUCUUGGGCAGAUAGUAAGGUUCCAUGCUGGUGCUUUUCCAGUGUAUAUUGUUUCUAAUAUUCUUCUUACUUAUGGAGGACAACUGAGCACAUUGAGAUCAACAGGCCAGUGUUCAGACUUCUCCCUUGAACUGGUUAGGACAGCAAAGCCCUACAAAGUAGAACCUCUUAUAAGCAUUGUUGUCUUUCUGCAGGGGUUUAACUGGUUUAGAGAGAUAUGGGAAUCACUGUCACUACCAGAGGUGGAUGCUGCUGUACUGAGUAGUCAGGAUGCAUGGUUCCCCCUUGUGUCCCUGAUUCUAUUUCUUUUUGGGACAGGCAUUGCCUACUGGAGUGGAGUAUUUUUCUCUACAUCUCUGAGGCUCUUCUCUUCAUUAUGGUUAACUCUGAUUAGACCUACUGAACUUCAAAAAGAUAAGUUGAUUACACCCAGAAGACUCUGUGGGAUGAUAUCUCUUGCUUUGGUUAGCUGGACCACUUGUGGUGCAUUUGCUGUGCUCAUCAUUUAUCUUCAAUACUUGUUCAAGGUUGUAAAACUGCAUGUGACUGUAAAAGCAGAGCAAAACAUGCACAACAGGGAUUCAGACCACUCAAAAGAAACUUCACAGAACUCCAGUACACACGCAGUUCAAGCCCAGAGUUCAGUGGACAGCAUUCCAGAAGCAACACAGUCUCUUUCCAACAGUAAAACACUUGCUGAAGCUGUGAACAGUCUUAAGAUACACAUUACAAUCCUUAAUUUAUUCACGUGGAUUGUGCUGCUCAACUUGCCAUCUUUAAUUUAUUGGUUAAAAAAUCUCAGGUACAAUGUUAGACUUGAUCCUGAUCCCUGUAGAUCCACAGCUAUUAUCCUCGUAUGUAUUUUAGAAAUUCUAAUGAGCUCAAGUACUUCUGAAGUGAAAUCAAGUAAACUCUUGAAGAUUGCAGCCAAAGUUCCACUCCCUUUGUCUGUUGCAAUGCUGGCCUUUGGACGAAUGCAUUUAUACAGAGUCCCACACUUUGUAACCUUUUCUCUUCUUCUACAUGUACUGUGCUGUUUUGUGUAAUGUUCAUUCUAUAUAGGACAUAUAUAGGACAAUGCACCCUAGAAACUUAACACUGGAGAUGGGAAAAAUUGCAACACAGAAAUGCCUAAAUUAAUAUGAUCAGUAGUUUACAUUAUGUGGGAAAGAGGACAGAACUGUGAAUACUUUACAAAAAAUUCAUGGUUUUAUUCAUGUUGCUUAGAAAACUUUUCCUGGUGUUUAUUUCAUGUCUCUGAAAAUGGAGUGGUUUUACUGUGUGUAAGCACAUGACUCAUAUCAGUGCAGCAUCUCAAUACUCUGCCUUGUAGUCACCUUGGUAUUUCACUAUACUGAUUUGUGAAAACAGACCUUUUUUACUCACUGUGCCAUGCAGUGUCUGUGUUCUGAACUUGCAUCUCUUGCAGGUCUAAAGUAUGCUGGUUGAAACUCAAUACAUUUCAAGCACACUGUGACUAUCACAAAAACCACACAGCCAAGUAUACUUUGAAUUAUUUUAUUCAAAAGCUGCCACAUUUGUGUCUAGACAAACUAGAAUGUACUGCUUAUAAAGAACUGUACUUCUGUCAAAUCAUUUGUUCAAUCAGUGUGAGUUGAACAUUUGUGAGAUUAUUGCAAGUCUUACACAUUUUACUUUUUGUGAGAGUGAGAAAACAACAGUAUUCUAUGUAGCUUUCUAUUCAGGAAGGACACCAGCAGAUUCAUAAACAAUUUGCUGUAAUGUUGUUUUAAAACAUUGUCAGUUUUCUCUGCAAUUUUGAAAUUAAUCCUUGGACUUUGUCCAUAUGUAGAAGCUAGCAAACAUUGAAAUAUGGUGUGAGUUAACAGUGCAGUUGCUGCACUCCUUCUAAGUAAAUAAGGCAGACUUUUUUCCUAAACAGAGAAUCAACCUCCUCCUAAUAAAUGCCAAUAUAUAAAAUAAAUAUGGAAUAGUUACAACCCUGCAAACUCCUGUCCUGCCAUACAGUGCUAACUUCUGCAUGUGGGCAAACUCAGUAAUAGUAAAAAAUACUGACCAUAAUUAUUAGCUCUGUAUAAAUUUUAUCUUAGUGCCUAGAUGCUACAGUGACUGCCAUUUAUAAUAAAGCCUACAAUAGCUAUUGUAUAAGGAAUUCUGUCACCCUGGCAUGUGUUUUGCCAAUAGAAAAAAAUCUCAGCAGUCCUUAGAUUUAAAUGAGGUAUUGAUUCUGUGUAGAGAUGAGCUUACUACUUGCUUCUGUGUUAGCUGUCUCUGCUGUGUUUGAGAUACCUGUUAUCUUCAUCUGGAAAUACUAGACCAGCUCAAUCAUCUUAUAGGAAUACCAAGAGGAAAUCUGCUGCUCACAGUCAAUCAAGUAUACUCUUGAUACAGUAGUACAGCCAGUCUGACCCAUUAAUUCCAUCAUAUCUUAAUUAUCUUGCCUAAAGUGCCUCAGUUAUUUCUAACGUGUUGUUAGGGUCAAUUCCUUUGAGCUGGCUGGAAAGACUCAAUUCACACAGUGACUUUCCAAAAUGGAGGACAAAUGUGAAGAAAGCCAUGUGUGUUUUGUUUGCUUAGAUUCAAGUCAGCAGUUCAAGUUAUUAGUAAGUCAUUAAAAGUGCUGUAACUGAGUAAGGAUAUUGUACUUAGCCAAACCACUGUCACUGCUAUCAAUAAUCUGUGUGCUGGUAUUCUAGUCUUAACCUUUUUUAAAAAGAAGGUUGAUUAUAAUAUAGUGUUUGUAAAUCAGAAAAGUUAUUUGAAUAGAUUAUAUGUUGAUAUUUUCUAAUCAAAUGUACGCUACACUAUAUGUAUAUGUAUAUAAGAUAAUUUGUGUGUCUUAAUAUGCCUGUAGCUAAAUGCACCAGUUAGUUUAACUAGAAAUAGCUGUUCAGACAUAGAAGAACAGUAUUGUACUUGCAAAUAUCUGUAAAUGAGAGAUGGUGGCAUUAGGACUGGCAAAGGGCUGUGAAAUGUGCAGGGUCUGAUUUCUGUGGAAGAUAGUUUACCUUGUCUUUCACAGUCCAUUUUACUCUAUUUUACUUGUGGUAUUGUUUUUCCACCUUAACAGACUCUUUCUGCAUGAAUCCCUUUGUUGGAAACCAAACACACUCAAUAUUUAGUAUCUUUGAUAGCUUUCAAAAUAUGUCAUAAAGUGAAACGACUGAAUUGCAGCAGCAUAGGAUAACACCAAUUUUUUUUUUUCAUUUAAUGAUUUUUAUUUUUUUUUAGCUGGAGUUCUAUUUAUGAUUGUUAGCACUCUUCAUAAAGCAAGUUCCAGUAUCUUGUGUAUAUUCCUGCCUGAUUUUCAAGUUGGAGGUAGGAAUAGUCCUGAGAUCUCAGAUGACAAGUGUUUCACAUCUCCCUCAACACUCUCUUUUCUCAGAGAGAGUUUAUCUUUACUGGGAAAGGAGAGGAAGUCUUACUCCUAUUUUGAAUUUAAAUGCAUUGUGUGCUAUUUAAUAGAUUUAAACUGUUGUCAGGGAUGUGCAUCUGGACUGUGCAGUGAUCAUGGACUGGACAACUUCAGCUGUUUGGCAGAUUAGGAGUCUAAUUCCAAUUAGAUUUGCCAUAUAACCAGUGGAUGGUAAUGGGAUUAGAACAAGUCUUAGAAUUUAUCCCAUUCUAAGAGAGGAUGAAUUAUCCUACUUGUCAUCUUGUCAUUCAGCUUUUGUAACAGUCUGAGAUUGUUUUGCAGGUAAAAUACUGUUUGUAGUUGUUGACUGUUUGUCUGUAGUUCUGCCACUGCUCAGUUACCAUUUCAGCAGAAAUGCAGAAUAACCCUAUACAUAUAUAUAUAUAUAUAUAUAUGUGUACUGUUAAUUGCAUAUAUAAGGAGAUGUAAAUAUUACUGAAAUAUCCUUUAUUAUGAGUGAGCUGCAUUUAUAAAACAGCUUUUGGCAAAUACAUUAUAAUGUCUCUUACUACCUUUAAUUACAUUAAAAUUCUACUUUAUUCUUCAAAUUUUAGAUUAUCCAGACUAUGUGGGAGGAGAUCAAGGCACAAAUUUUAAGGGUUUAGACCUCAGGAUGCAUUCAAAAUAAGAACUAUUUGUGGAUCUAAUACAAAUUUAUUUUAUAUGCUAUCAGAAACAGAAUGAGGAAGCAGGGUAAGAACUUAAAAUACCACUUAAAUGCCACUAACUUUUGGUACAGCAGAAUCUUUCUUUGACAGGGAGAUAUUUAAUGAGAAGCUUUUAGUGUUAUCUUCAUACCCUGAAAUUACUAUUGAAGUCUAUAAUCUUUUCUGCUUCAUGUCAUCAAACAUAUUCCUUACAGUUUCAUCUAGGUGUCUGAUAAAGAAAAACUCACAUCUUCACUGGAGUUACCAAAUGUAUCUUGGAACUGAGUGAAUUAAUGUUGUCCAAAAGCUAAUCUUUUUAGUUGUGAUUUAAAAGCUGGUUGCAGUGGGUCACAUUUCAGCAUCCUAUUGAAAGAAGAUUGGUUUGGGUGGGUUUUGGUGGGAGGUUUCUUUGUAUGUUUUAUUUCCAAGAACUGCAGUAACUGGAAUUUAGGUUAAUAUUAUUUCUGACAUUUAGAGUUCUCCCCUGAUUUUGCUUUUGAGUGAGCUUAUUCAUGUAGCAAAUCCUUCCUUAAUAUUAAUUUUCUACAUUUCCAAACAAAUAGAUGAAUAACAACAAAACCCUAAUCAGUGCAGUAGUAAUACACUGUAGAAGGCAUAGAGACUGCUGGUUGGUCUCAGUGAAUUUUUCAUCUAUAUAACCUAAUUGGGCUAACUUUAAAGUCAGUGAUUAAUAAAAUGUAUUGACAGUUAACCGCAAAAACAUUGCAUAUGUCAGUGUUUGAUAUAUCUCAUUUUCCAUGUGUUUGCCAGUAACAAGUGAUGAACUCACUCGGUGUUUUUCUGAAAUCUGAUAAAUCUGAUACAUCUGACAGCACAGAAUAAAGUCCAUUAUGUAGCUAUUAAUAAAUGUAAACAUUUGAGAAACUUUCAUUUGAAUCAAGUUUAUUUCAGUACAGGGUUGAGUGUGUUUAGACAUUUGUUGUAUUUAUACUGAGCUAAAACCAGCCAUUUACUGUUCUUUAGUACUUUGAGAUCUGAAAAUGUUUUUGGAAAUGGUUGUAGAGUCUGUACAAAAUUGUUGUUCUAAGUCACUUAGCUACUAGAAAAUUGUUAAUUGUAAAGUAGACUGAAUUCUUAAUGCUUACUUUCUAUUUAAUGUUUUAAUGGUGAUUGCUUUUCACUUAAUUUACAGCUUUGACUUUUCACAUAUCUUUUUUUUCUCUGGGAGAUAAUCAGUGUAGCUUUUGUAAGCACUUAACACUGUAAUGUAAAAUAUACAAUUUUCAUCACUGCUUCCUUAGGGGAGACAUACUUGUGUAACCAAAACUACAUACUGCUCUUAUAUAGCCUCUAGGAAAUGUGUGGCAAUGAAGGACAAUUCAAAAUUAAUCCAAUUUUCAUUUCAAAGUACAACUUCUACCUUUUUUUAAGAGCCAGAACUUUAAACUAGAAUAUUAGAAUCCAUAAAGUCUUUAAAAAUGUGAAAACCUUUUGCAAAGACUAUACUUUCAGAUUUCUGAUUUUUAUUUAUGGAAGAAUGUGUUAAAAGCUUUUAAUCAGCUUAUCUAUCCUCAAACUCAAGUAAAAAGUAUAUACUUUGUCUUAUUAAUAGAUACUGCUGCUUUUAAAAAUUAAUUUUGAGCAUUUAGAGAAAAUUCCACUGCUCUUAAGCAAAUCUGCCCAGCCCUCAAUUUUUCAGGUGUCUAAGCACCUAACUGCCUCAAAUAUGUGCUUAUUGCCUUGUAGGAGGAAAACCUAAGCUGUGAUAUUUUGACUUUCACUUUCUUAAGAUUUAAGGUUUCUUUCUGCAUUCUUAAAUGUAGACAGAUUUUGCUACUCAUGCUGUCAUAAACAAACCUUGUAAGUAUGUCCUCUCUACAGUUAUUGGCAAGUUGUGCUCUGGCCUCUGUAGGAAUGUGUGGUGUCAGAGCUGAGUUUGUCUCUAAAACACCAGGAGUGGUGACAUCAUAAUUUUUGUUAUUUGUGGCACAUAAUUGCAGGUUCUCCUUCCACAUGUAGCUCUCUUAUGGCUGGCAGUGUCCCUGCCCUGUAGUGCCGAGCAGAUGUUCCCAGAAGAGUGGGAACCCUCACUGACCUGGGAGGAAGUGCAGCAGCUCUGUCCUAUAGGCUUUGUUGAAAUACCAGCCAAAACUAUUUUCCCCGUCCAAAUUAAAUAAUUUCAGGGUGUAUCUAAGUAUCAAAUGUGCAAGUGUGCUGAUGAUUAUUUUUACAAAAGGCUAAGUGCAUUAUUUCAGGAUCAAUUCAGGCUUCAGUAUUUUCCACCUCCUUCACUCUGAGUUUGGAAACAGCAUUUGAGACUGCAGCACCUGACAGCUGGAAUAUUUUGCAGAAGUCUACAGGCAGUAGACAGGACACAUAUAAUUUGAGUGCCAGACCAAAACUGAAAUGUGAAAUUCCUCACUGUGACUUUACACUUGUAGCUUUCUAGAGAAAAAAAAAAAAAUAUAGAUAUAUAUAUAUAUACUGUGCCUUAAACCAGUAAAUGAAUACACUUUUAACUGUAGCCUGUGGACUUCCAUAGCCUUAUAUUUGAUUUUUAUCUUGACCAAAAAUACUUGUGUGGAUCAUACUGAAACUUGAUUUGGGGAAAAUGCUUUAAAAAUUUUAUUGACCCCACUUAGAGAAAUGAAGAUUUAUGACAAGUACAGCAUACUUUUUGUUUGGAAUCACACCAACCAAAGUCAGAAAGCUUUAGCUAACCUGAAUUUUUCAAGCCUUUCUGUUGUGACCAAAAGAAAAAUAAGGAAGGAAAACUAGUCACAGUUAUCUGUCUCAGCUUUGAAGUCUGUGUGUCAAAUUAUUUUUAAACAUUUUGUUCUUUAUUCCUCAAAAAAAAAAAUCCUCUUAUUGUAGUUUAAGCAAAAUACUGUAUUUUAGCCAUUGAAUAGCAGAAUCUUCACCAGUGUGAGAAGAAAACUAGACAGGGGCGGGAUUGAUUCUUUGUGUUAAGACUCCAGAAGUUUUGAAUACUAAAUUUUACUUUUUAGGAAAACUAUGCAUUUUUAAACCCCUGAAUAUUCACAUGUAGAUUCUCUUUUUUGGAGAAAAGAAAUUUGUACUUUUUUUUUCCCCCACAUUCAUUAAAGAAAACCAGAAAUACUUAAAAUCUUGUUAUAAUAUAGUAGAAGGAUUUCUUAUGUAUAUUUUUUAAUACAAAGAGCUCAGGAAAAGCCUCCUGGCUUUUCUUAUUUGUCACCAGAGGAUUCUUUGUGUGUUUUGAACAAACCCCCCCAAAUUCUGACAUCCCCCCUCCCACAUUAGGACCACAUAGCACUGAACCUUGGAAAGUGAUGCCACCUCAGAGUUUAUUGUUGUGCUGUGUGUAUUUAGACAUGCACACAAAUGACUGCACAUCAGCUGGUCACAGAGCUGCUUUGAAGCAAUACACAGGAAAGUUAUAAAAACCUCCUUUCACUAAGCACCAGCUUCAGUCUGGCUGCCACAGUGCUGCUGCUUCUGUGGCACAACACAGAACACACAGUCUUUGUGUCUUCCCUGCUGCUUCCUUCAGUGUGCUGGCUUAGGACUUUCUAAAACUCAUUCCAGUCACCUCACUUUGUUUUGUGAUGAUGUUUCAGCCAUCCUGGCCAUUGGUAAUUUUUUAGCCACUGGAAUAUUCUAGAAUUGAAACCAUUGAGAAGGUAGAGCUGCCUUUCAGGCCUUUAUGUAUGAUGACAAAUUGAGAAAAACUGUGUAACUUGAUUCCCCGAUAAGCUUUUAAUUGUUUUUUCAAGCACAAAGACAGAAUAAUGUUGGCCAAAUACCUGGCUUGGGGGAUUAGUGGGGAGGGAAGGAUUUGUUGGUGUUAAAAGGACUUAAAACUUUGAAGAAAACAUAUGUAAUUUUGGGAAAAAUCUUAUCACUUCUCAAGUAAUCUGUCUUAGAAAUUUUUAACUCUUCCUCUGUUUUCAGUUCUUACGUAACUACUGUAAAUCUGAUGUUGUACGUGAAUCUUGCUCUUAAUAUUUACAGGUUUUUAGAGAUGUUGGCAGGGUCUUAUCUAUAAAUGUUUGAAUAACGCUAUAACAAAUUAUUGUGCUUAUAAAAAUGUUUAUAACAAGGUUCUUACAGAUUAUGCCAUAUAUUAUAAACCUUGGCAAAAUCCUUGUCUUGUGAGAUGCUGAGGAAACCUUGGAAAAGGAAUUUUCAGAUAAUGUUGUAAUUGCUGGAAGAUGAAAUCUCAUAGUCUUUAAAAACUGCAUUUAGAUACUUUUUUGUUGUAAUUGAGGGCAGCUUGAUUGGGAGCUACUCUGGGAUGUUCCUGUUUUGUUUAGUGGUUUCCCUGGCUUCAGUGUGUACUUCAAUUUUUUUUUUUGUCUCUCUUUUUACCUAAAUGUGUAUGACUUAAA